UUGUAUCCACGGUUACGUGAGCUCUAAAUCAAUGUAGUUUAUCAUGGAGAUACGUAGGCUAAAGUUAAGCUAUUUUUUAACAGCUAUGAAGGUAAGUGCUACUGUAGCAUUAUAUGCGUUGCUUUUGGCGUUGUAUCCAGGAUUUGCGACGUUGUGCUUGGUUUUAAACUCAUUUCGGUGCUACAGUAGCUAGCUCUAGCUAGCCUAGCUUUACUUCGAUUGUGAUGUUAGCUAGACUCAGUGUUUGUCUUUAUUAAUGGGGAUUUGUUAGUACGUUGUGGAAAGUGUGUGUAAUAUGAUUUUAUGUUAUGUAGAUGCAGACAGUCUUGUGAGUCUCAAGGUAUUUAACACAUUGACAUUUCCCUGCUGUAUGACUGUUAAGCCUGUGUUCUGCUCCUCUCUUUCACCACCCGUCUCUGGAGGAGGGGAUCCCUCACUGAAUUGCUUCUCCCAAUGUUUCUUCAAUUUUUUCUCCUCCAAUCCCCUACUGGCCAAUCAUACUUGAUCAUGGGUGGAGACUAGACAGAGAAGACACCUUAAGGCUCCAGAGAGACUACAGAGAUAGACUCAACCAUAGAGAGACUCAACCAGACACAGCAGUAACCACACAGAGGAUCAACCAGAGAAACAAGCUUCCAGACUCUAGAUACAGGAUCCAGAGAGACCAGACAGAGAACAAAGAGAGAGCUGAGUUAUGGAGACACAUCACUGUGAUACAUGUGGGAAGAGCCUUUCCUCAUCUAGUAACCUUAAGAAGCACAUGAAGAUCCACACUGGAGAGAAGUCCUACAGCUGUGACCUCUGUGGUAAAACCUUUAGCCGUGCUAGCAGUUUAACAAUUCACUGCAGAAUCCACACUGGAGAGAAGCCCUACAGCUGUGACCUCUGUGAUAAAACCUUUAGCCAGGCUGCCAAUUUCACAGUUCACCGCAGGACCCACACUGGAGAGAAGCCCUACAGCUGUGACCUCUGUGGAAAAACCUUUAGCCAGGCUGGUCAUUUCAGAGCUCAUAGCAGGAUCCACACUGGAGAGAAGCCCUACAGCUGUGACCUCUGUGGUAAAACCUUUAGCCGUGCUAGCAAUUUCACAGAUCACCGCAAAAUCCACACUGGAGAGAAGCCCUACAGCUGUGACCUCUGUGGUAAAACCUUUAUCAGUAAUAGCAGUUUCACAGUUCACCGCAGAAUCCACACUGGAGAGAAGCCCUACAGCUGUGACCUCUGUGGUAAAACCUUUAUCAGUAAUAGCAGUUUCACAGUUCACCGCAGAAUCCACACUGGAGAGAAGCCCUACAGCUGUGACCUCUGUGGUAAAACCUUUAGCAGUAAUAGCAGUUUCACAGUUCACAGCAGAACCCACACUGGAGAGAAGCCCUACAGCUGUGACCUCUGUGAUAAAACCUUUAGUAGUGGUAGCAGUUUCACAGUUCACCGCAGAAUCCACACUGGAGAGAAGCCCUACAGCUGUGACCUCUGUGGUAAAACCUUUAGCCAUGCUAACAGUUUCACAGUUCACAGCAGAAUCCACACUGGAGAGAAGUGCUACAGCUGUUACCUCUGUGAUAAAACCUUUAGCAGGUACAGAAAUUUCAUAGUUCACAGCAGGAUCCACACUGGAGAGAAGUGCUACAGCUGUUACCUCUGUGAUAAAACCUUUAGCAGGUAUAGAAAUUUCAUAGUUCACAGCAGGAUCCACACUGGAGAGAAGCCCUACAGCUGUGACCUCUGUGGAAAAACCUUUAGGCACGCUGGCAAUUUCACAGUUCACCGCAAGAUCCACACUGGAGAGAAGCCCUACAGCUGUGACGUCUGUGGUAAAUCCUUUAGCCAGGCUGGCCAGGUCAGAGCUCAUAGCAGGAUCCACACUGGAGAGAAGCCCUACAGCUGUGACCUCUGUGAUAAAACCUUUAGCUGUGCUAGCAGUGUCACAGUUCACCGCAGAAUCCACACUGGAGAGAAGCCCUACAGCUGUGACCUCUGUGACUAUUCAGGUAAAACAAAUGGCCAUCUGAAGAGUCACAUCCGUGUCCACAGUAGAAAAACCCCAAAGCCGUGAUGUCUGGGGCCAAGCUGUCCCAGCAGUCACCACCUGAGAGAACUUCUGUAUGACCCACAGCUGGAACUAAAUCUAAAAUCAUCUGCUGUUAGACUGCUCCUCCCAAGGUUUCUUCCAUUUUGUUGAUCAACUUUUAUUGAUGUAAUACUUUUUAGCCUGUGUUAGGAACCUUGUCUAGGGGGAAACGCUGUAACACUAGACAAACACACAAGACAGAACACACAUGCAAACAGGGCGAGGGACAGGGAACAACCUGUGUUCUGCACCUUUUGUUCACCAACUGUCUUUGGAGGAGGGGAGCACUGAACUGCUCCUCGCAAGGUUUCUUCUAUUCGUUCUCAAAUUUUUCUUGUCUUUCUAAAGGGUUACGGUUGGUUAGGGGUAGUUCUAUGGGUGUAUGUCAGGCCCUCUGUGACAUCGCUUGUAAAAAUGGCUAUACAAAUAAACUUGAUUUGAAUUUGAUGAUAAGUCGUCCAAUGCACACUGAUCUUUAUCCAUUGUUGAAGAAUACAACACACUUCUCUGUAUUUACAUUUGCAAGUAAAGGGUCAAGAGACUGGAUGGUUCUGAAACAAAGGGGUUUAUUGUCCUAUUUACAAGAUGAUAGCCUGAUAACAGCAGUUUACACCCUUCUCUCCUGCCUCCUGGAUGGUUCUGAAAUAAAAGGGUUGUAAUAGAAAAUUACUUUCUUUAAGAUGUCUAUACUAUUCUUUUGCCUAGACAUUUUUUUGUUUAGGUUUUAACUUCUGUAAAGCUAGAUUAACCUUUUGGCCUAAGACAGUAUUGCUUAAGUUUCCGCUUGCUGACCAAACGUCUAACAAAUUAGACUGUUUGACCCUGGUUGUUUUGCCCACACAGCAUGGAUUCUUCAACACAAGUUCCCUUUUCUUGUCUUAAGCUCCGUCUCUAGUGUUGAACAACUGUAUUACAG